GGGAGGGGUUCUGGAUUAUUUAAAUGGCUGUUCUUCCCUUCUGAAAGGGACUGUUGGCGUUGUACAAUCAACAACAACUAAAACAACUCAAACACACUUUACAACCACAACCCUUCAAUAAACCACCAAACCCCCCACAAAAACCUUCCAAACACAACAAAAAUGUCUACCAACGACAACACCUCCUCCCUCAAGGCUGCCGUCGACUCCGUCACCGGCACCGUUCAGUCUGCCUUAGGCUCGCUGACUGGAUCCAAUGGUGACAAGAACCAGGGCGAGGCCAAGCAGGACAAGGCGCAGGCCGAGCACGAUGCCUCCCACGCCGCCGUCAAGCUGCCAGGCGCCACCGUUUCUACCUCAGGCGUUGCCAAGGACAACUCCGACCGCAGCGCAGGCUCGUGGAACCAGACCGUGGGCAGCGCCAAGGAGACUGUUGGAGGACUGAUUGGCUCUGAGGACCUCAAGCAGACAGGCCGCCAGCAGAACCUCGAGGGUCAGGAGCAGGAGGCCCGUGGUCAGCUGUCUGAUCUCGGCUCCGGCAUUGCUGACCGUGCCACCGGUACUAUUGGUGGGGCUGUCGCCGGCCUGACGGGCAACAAGGCCGCCGAGGCUGAGUACCAGAAGCAGCACGAUACUGGCAAGACCCAGCAGCGUGGUGCUGAGGCCGAUAUUCAGAAGCAGGCUGAGGCUGGUGCCCACUAAGGCAACCACCACAAGGGAAAGCUUGAUGAUGACAUAAAUAAUUCAGGGCGAUGGGAAGGCACUCUCCAGUUUUGAUACCCCCGAAUGGAAGGACGAGGACUUGCAGCUUCAGCAGGUGGACACCGCUUAAUUGAGAAGGCGCUUGCGACUACAUAGACAGAUAAUGCACACUUCUUCUUUCUC